AUGCGCGCGCUCGCGGCGGUGCGUCACACCGCGCGUCGAGCGCACACCCAGGCGCUGUGGCACGACGUUCGCGGUCCACCGUGCGAGGUUUUGACGUUCAGAGACGACGUCCCGGUGGAAACAACCGUCGAGGGCGAUCGCGUGCGCGUCCGAAUCCUCGCCUCGCCCGUCAAUCCGAGCGACGUGAACGCGAUCGAAGGGACGUACCCGGGCGCUCGCGCGCCGCCGCGCGUUCCCGGGGCGGAGGGCGUGGGAGAGAUCACGGAGGCGGGACCGGCGAGCGGACGGAUGGUGGGCGAGCGCGUCGUCGCGAAUAGGUCGUACGACGGUGGAACGUGGCGAAGAGAGGUGGUGGCGUCGGCGAAAAUGUUUGAUGUGAUCGAUCGGGACGUCCCAGUGCACGAGGCGGCGAUGAUCACGGUGAAUCCGUGCACGGCGUGGCGGUUGUUGGAGGAUAGCGGCGCGCGAGAGGGCGAGACAGUCGUGGUGAACGCGGCGACGAGCGGAGUGGGACGGGCGCUGUUACAGCUCGCUCGAGGGCGAGGUAUUAGAACGAUAGCGAUGUGUCGACCGCGAGAGAGCGCGGUGGCGACGGAGGAGGCUUAUGAAUCGCUCCGAGCGGACGGCGCGGAUGUCGUGCUCGCGGACACGGACUCAACGCGACUUCGUCUGGACGAGCGAACGCGAGAGCUCGCCUCGCGCGCGCGAUUCGGUUUCAAUGCCGUGGGUGGACACAGCGCGCAGAUCAUGUUACGACUACUCCAGCCCGAGAGCGGAUCGGAGCUCGUGACGUACGGCGGCAUGUCCAAGCAACCGCUCGUCGCCCCCACCGGCGCCUUCAUCUUCAAGGACAUCGCGCUCAAGGGAUUCUGGCUCUCUCGCUGGCUCGCCAGGGAUGAAAUCGAGACCGGAGGCGCCGGACGCCUCGACAUGCUCGCUCGCGUCUCCGACGCCAUCCGCUCCGGGACGCUCCGCACGCCGCUCGACCGCGUGCGAGACGUCCCGCUCGCCGACGUCCUCCGCGUCCUCAGAACCGACGCCGACGCCGACGCGCGCACCGACGUCCAAACCUCCAUCGGUCGACGCAAAAUUCUCAUCCGCGCGUGA